GUUGGAGCCCCCGCUAAAAAGCUUCAGCCACCAAGCGGCCACCUCCCAACCACCUCCUCGCACGGUCGCACCAGGCACGAGCGGCGAACUCGCACGCUCCCCGACUGAUCGCCCGCUCGCUCGCUAAGCAGCAGCAGCAGCAGACAUGAACCGCCUGACGCCGCAUCACGGGGCGAUGCCUCCGCCGGGUCAGGGGCUGGCGCGCUACGGUUCCGCCCCGGGCUCGCUCCUCGCCGCCAUCGCCGACUCCGUCACCCGGGGCGGCGAGGCCGCGCCGCUGCCGCCGCCGCCCGUGAGCCGGUUCUUCUCCGGCGAGUCGUCCGGUCUCACCUCCUGCGAGUCCAGCUGCCGGACGGACGGCGGCCGCCCUGCGCUCGAGCGAGCGUACGGCGGCUCCGGCGAGAUCCGCGUCCCGCCGCCGCCGCCGGCCCCGCACGCCGCCGCGCAGGUGGGGCAGCACGGCGUCGAGGGCCCGGGGGUCUCCCCGUUGUUCAGGCACAGCAGCUCCCCCGCCGGGCUGCUCUCCCGCCUCAUGGCCGACCCGCACGGCAUGGCUGCGACGAGAGGGAUGGGGAGCUACUCGCAGGCAGGCACUGACGCCAUAAUGGCUCACGGACACAGGCGGCUAAGCUCGCAGUGCAGCUUCUGGAGGCAGGACCUUCCGCAGAUAUCGGAUAUGGGGAUGAUACCCGACAUCGGGGAGAGCAUCGUCGCCGGCGGUGGAUACAACAGCUCCAGCGACUGCGGCGGUGCGCAGUCGUCCUCCUACCUCUCCCGGAACUUCUCCAUGAGCUCCUGGGACGAGACCAACUCCAUCAUGUUCUCCUCCCCCAGCAAGAAGGCCAAGGUGGACGCUGCCGACGACAUGGUCACCAGCUUCAGCAACAUCGACUCGCAGGUCAAUUUUGGUCUGUCAAAGUCGUCGUUGGAGAUGCCCGGCAUGGAUGAUUACCUGCAGCUGCAGCAGGAGUCGAUCGCUUGCAAAGUCCGUGCAAAGCGUGGGUGCGCUACUCACCCACGAAGCAUCGCUGAGCGGGAAAGAAGGACACGGAUUAGCAAGAAGCUAAAGAAGCUACAAGAUCUUGUGCCAAACAUGGACAAGCAAACAAAUACGUCAGACAUGUUGGAUCUUGCUGUAGAGUACAUUAAAGAGCUGCAGGGCCAAGUUGAGAAGCUAAAACACAACCAAGCAAACUGCAGUUGCUCAGGCAAAGAGAACUGCUGAGGCUGGUGAACCGGAUGUACAAGGUUUUAUGUCGUACUGAUGUGCUCGAUGAACCCAAGUUUUUGCUUCAGGAGAUUAGGUUGCAAAGGUGCUUCAAAUGUCAAGUGGCUUCCAUGCCUGAGCGUCCCCCCUUUCUUGAUUGUAUUACGGAUAGCGUCAAUGGCUUGAAGACUAGGAGAUGACAAGUAGAUUAUCAUAAUUUAAUUCCUGUGAGGCAGUGGCUUGUGUGUAAAAUUUUCCAUUACAACACGAAUGUUAUUGCUGUUGAUAGGAGUAUUGUAGACA